AUGACAGACACCAACAAGAUGAUCAUCAAUUUGGCUAUCUUUGGCAGGACGCAGAGUGGAAAAAGUUCUGCUGGGAAUAUUCUUUUGGGAAGUGAUGACUUCUCCAGCCGUCUCUCUCCAGGUUCUGUAACCACAGAGUGCAGUUUGGGCCGCAGCUGUCACCUCCGCAGCUUCAUGCGUCGAGGGGGACAAGAAAUAACCCUACAGAUACAGGUGUUGGACACUCCAGGGUAUCCACACAGCAAGUUGAGCACGAAACAUGUAACACAGGAAGUCAAGAAGGCCCUGGCACAUCACUUUGGACAAGAGGGUCUCCAUCUUGCUCUGCUGGUCCAGAGAGCUGAUGUGCCUUUCUUUGGACAGGAAGCAUCAAACCCAGUCCAGUUGAUCCAGGAACUUCUGGGAGAUUCUUGGAAGAAUUACACUGCUGUUCUUUUCAGCCAUGCAGAAAAAAUAGAAGAGGCAGGGAUCAGUGAAGACGAGUAUUUGAGUGAGGCUCCUGACGCGCUGUUGACUCUACUACGCUCUGUUCAGCAGAGGUAUACUUUCCUGUAUGAAAGAGAAAACUCAUGCAAUGAACAGAGAAUUAAAAUCUUAGAAACAAUCUUGGAAUUUAUCAAAGAAAAUCAUUAUCAAGUUCUCAGUUUUACAUAA